CCACGUAUAUUUGUCUUCAUUUCGCACCCACGUGGGUCCCAUGAGUUUAGCUUUUAGAAACGGAUGAUUUGAAACGGGAACCCCUGGCAUUAUAGUCCCCUCAUUGUAUCCACCCGGCAAAAUAAGCUCAGAGCAACAAUGGCAGAAGCAACAAAGAGGUAUGCAAUUGUGACAGGGGCAAACAAAGGGGUUGGAUUUGGCACAGUUAAGCAGUUGGCUUCAAAUGGGAUCAUGGUGGUGUUAACUGCUAGAGAUGAAAAGAGGGGUCUUGAAGCUGUUGAAAAAUUGAAAGAGCUUGGCGUCUCCGACCAGGUGGUUUUUCAUCAGCUUGAUGUAACAGAUUCUGCUAGCAUCGUUUCCCUUGCAGAUUUUGUCAAAACCCAAUUCGGGAAACUCGAUAUCUUGGUAAACAAUGCAGGAAUGAAUGGAAGCAUAGUAAACCCUGAAAGCUUUAGAUCAGCUGUAAUUGGUAAGAAGCCUGAUGAAAUCAAUUGGAGUGAAAUAUUGAUAACACCAAGCUAUGAGUUAGCAGAAGAAUGCCUUAAAACAAACUAUUAUGGUCCCAAAAGCGUGACUGCGGCUCUUUUGCCCUUCCUCCAGCUAUCUGAUUCGCCUAGAAUCGUUAAUGUUUCUUCUGCUGCUGCUAAUCUAAUGAAUUUUCCAAAUGGAUGGGCUAAAGAGGUACUCAGUGAUGCUAACAGCCUUACAGAAGAGAGAAUAGAUGCUGUUUUGAGCGAGUUUUUGGAAGACCAUAAACAAGGUUUGCUAGGAACCAAAAGCUGGCCUCCUACCUCUCCAGCCUAUGCAGUCUCGAAAGCAGCCUUGAACGCGUACACUAGAAUUCUGGCCAACAAGUAUCCAAACAUCUACAUCAACUGUGUCUCCCCCGGAUUUGUCAAGACAGAUAUGACCUUCAAUGCCGGCUUCUUAACCAUUGACGAAGGUGCUGAAAACGUUGCCUGGUUGGCCCUACUCCCCAGCGGCGGUCCUACCGGCCUCUACUUCAUCAAGAAAGAAAUAACACCGUAUUAAGAUGUGGUGCUAAAAGAGGCCCUCUCUGUGUUUAAUGAAUAAUAAGGCUUGAUAGUUUAUGUACAAGCUUUUGGAUUCACAGUGUGGCAAGACUAUUUGGAUGAUUGAAAUAUAUGAGGGUAGUGUUAAAUAUGGUGGCCAUAUCCUGUUAGGAGUGAUGCUAUUUUUUUAUGAAAAUGGGCGCCGAUCGAAGCAAGUCGUGACCGGCACCCUAAAACAAACAGCCGGCCGACGGGCCUAUAGAGGUGAGGUAUCAGAAAAGCGUCCAGAAAGAUGUGAGGUGUGACAUUUCAUCUCUUAUGCAACUCUUCCAGAGCUAGCAUCCAGAAAGGUAAGCAAAAUAACAAGAGGACAAUGGAUGCUCACCUUAUUUUA